CGACUCCCCGCCGAGAGGAUCUCGAGGAGCUCGCGCCCGAGACGUUCGCACCGACGACGCGGUCUCGGCGAUGUCGACGACCCGAGAACGACGACGCUCGCCGUUGAGUUAAUCCGUGAAUCGGAUCCUUCCAAGAUGCUCGCGAGUGAUCGCAAAGUCGAGUUUUGAGAGUGAAGGAAAGAGCGAGAGAGAGAGAGAUUCGAAGGCGACGAUCGGUGGUCGCCUCUCGUCACGUGAUUCGCGUUCUUUCGCGUGCGUCACACGUCGCGUGCGAUUUAAAUCCCCGGCCUGGCCCGUCGAACCCCGAGGGGGCGAGCAGGAUGGGUAAGACGAGAGGCGUCCACGAGACGACUCCCGAAUUGAGGAAUCGAAUGGUGGGAAUGUACGAGGCCGGUCUGGGCCUGCGGGAGAUCGCCGCCGCCGUCAAUUGCUCGCAACGUACCGUGAAGAGGUGGUUGAAUAGAUUCGACAAGGAGGGCACGGUGGAGACGCGGGAGCGUUGCGGACGCAAAAGAGCCACUACUUCGGAGCAGGAUGAGGCGAUCAUUCGUCUGGCCACUCAGACACCCAUAACGGCAGCGAAGGCGGUACUUCCCGCGCUAGGUCUCACGUGCUCCGUGGACACCGUGAGAGAGAGGCUGCACAAGGCUGGAAUUCACAACUGGAGUCCGUCGCGCAAAUACAUGCAAAGGAUUCCGUUGGGUGAUGCAGACGGCGCAGCGAUUCAGCAGGCGGUAUGGCGGCCGACCGGCACUCAAUUAGGCAAGAAGAAAACUUCCAAAGAGUCGAACAAGACCGAGAGGAGUAGCGUCACGGUUAAGAAGAAGAAUUCGUCGAAGAAGGUGAGAUCUCGAGAGGUGUAUGCCGACGAUGGCGCGCCGUCAGAAAGUCUGAAGCAGAAUCAGAGCACCGAGCAGCAACAGCAGCAACAACAGCAGCAGCAGCAACAACAACAACAACAACAACAACAAGGAUUCGUAUUUCCUCAGCAAAAUCUCCCGCCACUGCCUUCCGCUCCUCAAGUCACUGAGAUGCAACCCUCCGCGCAGCCUGUAGUACCCACGAGUCAGACGGAGUUCGGCAACGCGCUGAGCCUGGUGCAGCAGCCGCAGCAGCCCAUCUAUCAACACUCGGAAUUGAGCAUGAUACCAACUUGGCCGUUGUCUUUGGUGCAAGAGAGUCAUCAUUAUCCGCAGGGACAACCAAAUCCCAUGCCUCACGAGCACCCACCGCCGCAGACGCAACUGCAGGAGCUGCACACGCAGCAGGAAGCUGCACAGCAGCAGCAACAGCAGCAUCACGCGCAACAGGCCCAGCAGCACGUGCAGGCGCAAGUACAGACGCGACUGCAGGAUCAGUCGCAUCAGCAGAAUACUCAGUCUCACCAUGCCAAUCUCGAUCAGCAGCGACUGUCCGUGGAACGUCAGAUUCAGCAGCAACAUCAGCGCUUGCAGUCCGGCAUGCCCAGUCCCGAGCACGAGAUCGCGAUGGGAUCGGAGAGUUCGAACACGUGUAGCUCCAACGAGAACAGCCAGUCGUCCUGCGAGCCGCAGCAGAGCAGGGAAUCGUCGCGGAAGAGAGGCCAGAGAUCGGAAAGGUCGAAGAAAACGAAGAAAGGCGGCAAAGCGAAGGGAACGCUGGAGACCAGCGUGGAGAUCAGGAAUCGCAUGAUCGGAAUGUCCGAGGCCGGGCUGUCCACCUUGUCCAUCGCGCUGGCGAUCGAUAGAUCGGAACGUACUGUUAAAAGAUGGUUAGAACGUUGGAAUAAGGAAGGCAAUGUGCAAACGAAGGAACGAAAAGGUCGACGUCGUAUCACUACCAAGGAGCAGGACGAGGCCAUCGUCGCGAUGGCCACCCAGCAUCCUCUCACCGCUGCUAAAUAUGUAGCACCUGCGCUAGGUCUUAAGUGCAGCGUGGAUACAAUUAGAGAGAGGCUCCACAAAGCUGGGAUACACAGUUGGAAGUUGGGCAAGAAGCAAGGUGAAGGCAAUGCAGUCCACACAGUCCACUUGUGGCAGCCGAGCGGCAAUCGCCCCAACAAACCGAAAAUGCCAGGAGAAAAGAAGAGGAAGGGUGGCGAUAAGAAACGCAGUCAUAUGACGAGCAACAGUCAGAAACGUGUCGCGCGAAAAAAAAAGAGCAGCGCGCCGCCGCCGCCGCCGAAAGCGACUCCGCCUCCGGCAAAUAUAAUGCCGGAACAGUCCGCGUUAUCCUUCCACAAUCCCGGGAACAUGGCAAGUUACGUUUCAGGCCCUAACAUAAUGCAACCGGUGCACAAUAUCGCCGCGCCGCCCCCCGCACUGCCGCAACCGCAACCACCUCCGCCACCGCAGCCGAUGCAGCCGAUGGGCCCGAUAAUGCAGCAGAGACCGGACUGCAGACUGGCACCGAUUGUGCCGCCCGUGUCGGGCCCCAGCAAUUCCGGCGUCGCCUAUCCGUCGUGCAUGGUCGGCGGCAGCAGCCACGCGAGUCACAUGGAGCAAACGGACCCCCUGAAUUACGAGCCGUACAUUUGGAGUUUUUAAAUCGACAAUCUGAAGUCCGAAAUCUGACAUCUCCGCGUAUGUGUAGGAUUGAUGAUAGAAAAAGUUUAAUUGCAUUUAAUAUUCCGCCAUUCGUUAGAGAGCUCCGUAUAAUAGAAAAUUACGUGUGAAAAGAGGGCUUCGACAAUUGAAAGAAAAACAAAAAACGUUUGAGAGAGUCGGUGAUGCAGAGAUUCUGUUGAUACGAUUACGAUAAGUAUUUUAACGUUGCGAUCUUUUUUGUGUACGAUUUAACUUAUACAUAAAUUGCAAUAUUAGAAGAUACGUAUAUGUGUGUGCAUGUGCAAGAAGAAAGAAUAGGUGAUUUUAUUGUUACAUUUAAGAAAAGUUAUUGACUUUAUUAUUAUUAACUUUUUGAUGAGAGACUUCUAUGGUGACAUACAGCGUUUAGACCAAUUUAAAUCAACAUGAAGACUAUAAUAUGUACAUAUAGGAUCGUAUAGAGUAGAGCGAAGACGUACGUCACGUUUAUUUUGCUAUAUACCGUCUCUUCGAAUAAUGUGCAGUCAUGAUUAGAUAUCAAUCAUUGUAUAUUAAAAAUUGAUUUUUAUACCAUACGAUCAAACUUGAAUUGAAUUAAGGUUUGGCAUUUAUGUUGUAAAUAUUUUCGACGACUGAACGAAAGCAGGAUCUGAGUAUCAAAUGAAUUUAGCAGAAGGCACAAAUACCUAUGCUGAUUCGGCGUAUAAACUACUCACUAAUAGCUACGUAGAAUAGAAAAGUCCAAAAAACUUCUUUACGAAUCCAGUGAUAGAUCUAUUUUCGAUAUAUAACUCCUAUUCGAUUCCUUUUUUUGUGAGAGUUAUAUACAUACAUAUAUAUCCGUAGAUGAUUUUAGAUAGUCUUUCAUAUAUUUAAUUAAUUAUAUAUGAAUCUGCUUUAAAACUACAAGUACAAAUUGGCAUGUUCCAAUUAGAAAAAAAAAGUGUAGCAAAUCAAUUUCAAACAGGCUGCCAAAAUACAUCCAAUGAUGUAAACUGCCUUUUCUCUAUCAUACUCAUACGUACAUGCACACGUUCUUUUAACGUAUGAUUACGUAUUAUAUACACCGUUUUAUAUAUACAUUUUUUUUUAGUGCAGCAUUCAACUAAAAAUUAGUAUCUUAUACAAAAUUUUAUGUUCGUUUUUUUUUUUUUUUUUUUAACAAAGCAACAUUCAUAUAGUUCGUCCGCAUACAACUACCGGUGGUACAAAUGCAAAGUAGUGCACUAGUUACACGAAAAGUGUGAGAGAUAUUGUAGAUAAAUUUCGUCUGUUCAAAUGCCCAUCUUCGUUCACGCAUUGAUAUCGAAUAGUAGAGUAUUACGUUACUCAUAUCGAGUGAGAAUGUGUCCUGCUGUAUUUUACAAUUACGCGACAGUGUGUUAACGAUUUAUACGUCGCGUAUUGUAUAUAUAUCGCAUGAUUAAUAGAAAUAUUUUCAGCUACAUCCACCGAGAUCUCCACCGCGUUUUGUAUUUGUUUUAUAAGGGAAAAAUAAAAAGAAUUACUAGACUCA